GAGUUGUCCUGCGUGCACCCAGGGUUGGCGCCUUUGAUCCUGGUGCAUCAGACCUGCCAGGCAGGUGUGCCAGCUACCCGAAGCCCAGGACACCCAUUGGUGCGGGGCAGCCACCUGUUUCCCCAGCAUCCUGAGGCUGGCUGGCAGCGUAGCGCAGGGAGGCAGGCUCCCCAGGACGCCCUUCAGCAUGGAGGGAACGCCCCACGGGCUCCGGGCCGUGCGGUUUGGGACGGAACGCCCAGCCCUUCAGAUUCUGGCAGAGGCACUCAAGUUUGGUUCAUCCUUUCUGCGUGGAGACAUUGCCUGUUUCCCUUGCAAACUGGGAAGCAGAAGUCAGCACAUCCGUCCAGCAAGGGUGGGGUGGCCAGAUCGCCCAGCGCGCGCACUGAAGGUUCGCCUGAACGGAAACCGAGGAUGGAGCCCUGGUGGGGCCUCUUCUGCCUCACGUUCCUGUGUUAUCUGAUGCACAUCCGAGGUCAAGGUGACUUUGAUUUGGCCGAUGCUCUCGAUGACCCCGAGCCCACCAAGAAGCCUAGCUCAGAUAACUACCCAAAGCCGAGGCCCCCCUACCAGCCGCAGCCUGGAAACCCCGACAACAGUGGAAAUAUCUACCCAAGGCCAAAGCCACUGCCACGUCCCCAGCCUGGCAGCUCUGACAACAGUGCAGGUGGAGAUGGCUCUCCCUCGUACGGCAGCCCACAAGGCAACAGGAUAGCAAAAAUCCUGUCUCCUAUCGUGUGUGGGGUGCUGGUGACCCUGGCGGGGGCAACGGUCAGCUAUUUCCAGUACAACAGGAGGAGGAAUUGUUGCAGGACAAAUGAACCAGAAAACAUCUGAGGCCUUCAAAAUCCACCCUUUGCUUUGAGAACAGCUCCACCCAGACAAGAACCGCCUUCAUCACUUCCGAGCAAAGUUCCUUUCCUUCCUGGCUUAAGCAGCUGCCCUGAAGGGUUUUCUCUCCUGUUUGCAAUAGACGCGGCACCUAACCAAGAGCUCCUAAUUCCUCAGACACCUCGAUCGUGAUAAGGCAGACAGCUGGACCUCGGGUUGUAAAAAGAGUGCUUGAUCUGUUGGCUCCAUCGUGAUUCCGGACAGAGAGUCCAGCUCUGGAAUGAGCUCUGAAACUACCUCCUGGUGUGACCUCAGGCCAUCGACAUGGUCACAAAGCACAGGGGCAGCAGGUGGCACCGGGGUCUUGGGCGGGAAUGCCAUCGGCUUCUAAAAGAUGGAGACAGACUGCUGUUUGGGUUUCCAACAAGCUGGGGUAAGAAGCUUGACUGAUGCUGUACGUUCCUUAGUUAUGUCAGGAAUCCAGACCCGUUCAUCUCCGCCCGUGAAUCGGGAAUGAGUGAUUUUCAACACUAACGGCAGAACUUGAACAUUAUUUCAGCUCACAAAAGUAUCGUCACCUGCAGAGGAUGAGGCUGGAUUGGGGAAAUUUAAGUGCAAAAUCGCUGAUGUGGAAACCCUCUCGGGGAAUUGAUCAUGGGGUGCUUUUUCCUGUGAAAUAGUACAGUUUCUACAUUUGUUUGGAGAACGUGGGGUAGAAAUAGAGGUUUGCAGAUGUUGAGGCUUUUCGUAUUAAUUUUGGUCUUUGAUCCUCUGUGGGUACCAGUUCUUAAGGCGACGGCAGUGCUUUCCUUGGUCUAUACUUUUCUUUUUACUGGACUAGAUAAUCUUCUAUCCUCAAAUAUCUAAAACGUAUACUAGCUGUUUGCUUCUAUUUUAGUAAUACUUUAGGGGAGAGGAAAAAGGAUGGUUUGGGCAGAUGGGUAUAGUUCGAUUCAACUGAGAUUAAUGCUGAUAGAAUUUUAGAGUUUAAAUAUUAGAACCAAAGAGGACGCCAGUCACUAGAAUCCGGAUCUCAUAAAGAGGACACAUUAAAAUUCCAAAUAUGCAUACUUUGUGUUCACCCUUAAGGACUGAGAGCUAGGUCUCCCAAGAGAAGUUGAAAGCAGAAAGCGUUUGAAAGAGCUUCCCCCAAAUGGAAAAGAACUUAAAACUAAAGAUCCUGAUUAGAUGUCUCAGAAUUGCAUGACUUCCGUCCUGGAUUUACAAAGAUUUGAGCCAUUUGAAGACAGCCUGUAUUUCCUAUUUUAAUAUGAAGGUCCUAGGACUUUUCCCAGAUCUUGUUGAGCUCCCCCAUACGUGAGGACGCCCACUAAACGUUUCCCAUAUAUGAGUUUUAGUGGGGAGUUUAAUUGAACUCUUGUUAAGAAGUAUGUGUAUGUACACACACAGAUUUACACACAGAUGUACAUAAAUGGAACUCAAGCUUUUUUUUUUUUUUUUUUUUUUUUUUGUGGCAUGCGGGCCUCUCACUGCCGUGGCCCCUCCCGUUGCAGAGCACAGGCUCCGGACGCGCAGGCUCAGCGGCCACGGCUCACGGGCCCAGCCGCUCCGCGGCACGUGGGAUCCUCCAGGACCGGGGCACGAACCCGCGUCCCCUGCAUCGGCAGGCGGACUCUCAACCACUGCGCCACCAGGGAAGCCCAGGAACUCAAGCAUUUUUAAAGGUAACUCCAUCCGUUUUCCGUAACUGUCAUGGGCAACUUUUCAUCAUUUAAAAUACAUGUAAGAGAAAAAAAAAAAAAAUCGGCCUGGUUGGUGUGUUCUCUUUUCUAUAUUUUGCCCGUAUAAGCAUGAGACAGCGGUGAAAGGGUCAAAAAGUCAUGAAGCUACGUAGCUUUGCAUGCAUCCAGGAAAUCCCUUUCUACGCCGCUGUGCAUGCUUUGGGGGCGUGGCCUUGGAGGCUUAUGGCAGAGAUGGACCCCCCGCCCCACCAGCUCCGAUGGACCCAGCAGUUGUUUGAGAACCAGAAGGGCAUCUGUCACCUUCCAAAG